GUAGGUCCUCUUGGGCUGCUGCGCUGAGUUGAAGGCGAGACGGGGCACCGGCUCGCUUCCAAUUCAUCGAGCUUUUUACACGGUUCCCCUCUUUGAAACAACUACAGUUAGAUAUAGUAAACGCAGAUACGCAUUCGCGCAUGAAUUGGAGAUCGAAUGAAUAGGACAUGGAUGAAACAUUCACGAGACUCCGUCAACGCUCAAGAGGGUCAGCCACCCUAGUGAUGUCGCCAUCGAUGGUUUGCCUGCCUUUGCUGCUGCUUCUGUGUGGCUCUUACUCUGAAGCUUGCUCCAGCCGUCUCCGCAACCGAAAUCGACCUCCAACAGAACCACCACCUGUAGUUACAACCUUAAGGCCCUCAAUUACAUUUGAUGUUUUUGAGUGUCCACCUUCUCUUGACCAAUGGUUUUGUUUGAAUAAGGCUGUUUGUUUUGCGAUAAAAGUUGGUGAUGUUGUGGAGUACAAUUGUAAUUGUACUGAAGGAUUUAUGGGUCGACGCUGUGAACACAAGUAUGUGGAUAUUGAUGGUGAACUUUUAUCUCGAUUAUCCAUUCAAGAAACAUUGUCAGAGUAUGCUGGUCUUGCUGGAGCUACAAGUUACAUCCUGUUCAUAGCCAUAGCAAUGGGAGUUUGGAUUUAUCUACGUAGGAGAAGGCAUCGAGUUAGCAGUGAGAUGCAAGAUGUGGAUCAAGUGGAUGGAGUUACCUUUGAACGGCCUCGUCCGUUUGGACCCCGACACGUAGACAUCUCUUUGGAACGAUUAGUAAAGAAACCACACACAGUAUCGAAAAAAAAUGGGAGUAGGAAGGAAUUGCCCUGACACUAAUGCUAACCACCAAUGUUAGUCUAUUUAACCUUAUUUAAGCUUUAAGUUACCUAAUCAUUUUUAUUUUUUACAAAUUUUGUACUUCAUUCCCUUGAUUUUUCAGUAGUUAGUUGUAUGCAAGGAAGAAUGACUAUCUGAACAUCUUGCUUUAGUAAUGUCAAAUCUAAUUGUUCAGAUACAUUAUUAUUCCUAAAUUAUUUUCAUGAUGACAGUCUACAUUAUUCUAUUUGUAUUCUUUUCCUACUGGGUCUAUACCCUUAAGAAACACACUACACGUUAAGUGUAGGUUGAAUGUUUCAUUCAGCAUUGUGAUAUAUUAAGCAUGAAGCCCUUGGCUACCUUAUGUAGAAUUGAAAAGUGAUUCAAAGGUGAAGUGCCACACCAGAAUUUUUUUUGUAAAUCAUCAAAUCAUUCCUUUCUAUUUUUUAAAACCUCAUUAUUAUUGAUUCCUUCAGUCUUAUUGUACUGAAAUCUAAAAUAUAAGUUGAUGACCAAUUUUUAUCCUAAUCAUAGGAACCUUAGUUGAAUGCAUUGACUGGAAUGACCCAACAAUAAUUUUGGAAGUAAUAAUUUAACAUUGAUUAAACAUAUGGUGAACUAUGGACUUACUGUGGGAAAAAGGUUGUUCAGUGCACUUUGAUGGGUAUUUCAAUUUUAAUUCCCAUGUGAAUUCAGUGGUUGUGAACUUUAAUAAUUGCAAACCUCUUCCCAUUUCUUAACCAUUGAUUGUGCUUUUAUUUGUUUUGUAAGCUUAAGUUUAUUUAUUAUUAAUGCUAUAAUGCUCUGAAAUUGAUGAAUUUUUUAAGAUGACCUUAUUGACCAGGUAGUAUUGCAGCUUAUCGGGGUAGCCUAAUGCCUACCUGUUUUCUAGAAUUUGAGCACUACUUAAAAUUUGGCCCUGGUUUCGGCCUAUCUUUUGCAAACUUUGUAUACAUUCAUGAUGCUUUGGGUUUUUUCAUUCCGUCCAUUAAGUUUGUUAUGGUACUUGCACGUCUUAUGUGCAGCAUCUGGAAUGUUCCGUACUUUCAAUUAUGAAUGUAUGUGACCUGAAUAUAACAUUCAGUCUUUGUGAUUGUUGUUUUUAGAAGUAAGUUUCCUGAAGAGCAAUUUUCCCAUUUUUGCCUAAGUACAAAUGUUAAAAUUUGUAUUCUUUGUGUUAAAAUGAUGCUGCAUUUUGGCAUUUAUUUUGUUGUCCAUUGUUUUGUUACAUUAAAUAUUUCUGUCAUUAAAACUGUUAUGUAUAAG